CUCAAGAGGGGAACCGCCAGCAGGAGCCGCCCGCGCAGGGCAUCCGGCGCCCUGGGCUUGCAGCAGUCAGGCACUGCCCACGCUGGCCCUUCGGAAAGCGCUUCGGCCCAGCCGCCUGCCAGUCCUGUGCGAGAGGCGGCCAGAGCAGAGGGCCAGGGGAGCGGCCAGCAGAAGCCCCCGGAGGAUGACGGAGCUGCGCGGAGCCUCGGGGUGUCCUCACCCACCAGUCCGAAAAGCAAGAGCUGGAUCUCCGAGGACGACUUCUACCGGCCUCCCCAGGAGCCGCCCCCAGAGAGCCCCUCAGAACGCUCCGUGGCUUCUUCCGGAGGGACGCCAGAAUCGAGGCCUGGUCUCGUCCAGCAUUUUUCUCAAGGACCAAGAAAAAGCUUCUCCACGGGGGCCUUAGACAAAGCCUGUGUGCCUUACCCAGGAGGCAGGAAGAACAGGGCAGCCGCGGUGCCAGAGCAUCAGCCCUUCAGGGUGGUGCACCGCCGGCAGAUGGGACUGUCCAACCCGUUCCGGGGUCUCAUGAAGCUGGGCACCGUGGAGCGCCGGGGGGCCAUGGGCAUUUGGAAGGAGUUCUUCUGCGAGCUGUCCCCUCUGGAGUUCCGCCUCUACCUGAACACCGAGGAGCGCACCUGCGUGGAGACGUGCUCGCUGCUGCGCUGCGAGUCUAUGGGGCCAGCACACAGUGAUGGCCGCUUUGAGCUGGUCUUCUCCGGCAGGAAGCUGGCCCUACGGGCCUCCUCCCAGGACGAAGCGGAGGACUGGCUGGACCGGGUGCGGGAGGCCCUGCAGAAGUGCCGGCCCCAGCAAGAGGAUGAGUGGGUGAACAUCCAAUACCCGGAGCAGCCUGAUGACCCCCCAGACGCCCCCCAGAGUGGCCUUCCCUCCCCGCCAGACCUGCUUCCCGAGCCCGAAACCCUCCAGGGCACACAGUUCUGUUGGUCCUCUGCCCAGGUUCCCGAGCCAGACGCUAUCAAAGAAUCCCUUCUGUACCUGUACAUGGACAGGACCUGGGUGCCCUAUAUUUUUUCCCUCUCCUUGGAGUCCCUGAAAUGCUUCCGAGUGAGAAACAACGAGAAGAUGUUAAGUGACAGCCAUGGAAUUGAGACCAUCCGAGACAUCCUGCCAGACACGAGCCUUGGGGGCCCCUCCUUCUUCAAAAUCAUCACAGCCAAGGCCGUCCUGAAGCUGCAGGCUGGGAGCGCCGAGGAGGCUGCCCUGUGGAGGGAUCUGGUGCGCAAGGUCCUGGCGUCCUACUUGGAGACGGCCGAGGAGGCCGUGACCCUGGGCGGGAGUCUGGACGAAAACUGUCAGGAGGUGCUGAAGUUUGCCACGCGGGAGAACGGCUUCCUCCUGCAGUACCUGGCGGCCAUCCCCACAGAGAAAGGCCUGGACUCACAAGGCUGCUUCUGUGCAGGCUGCUCCCGACAGAUUGGGUUCUCGUUUGUACGACCCAAGCUUUGUGCCUUCUCUGGCCUCUAUUACUGUGACAUCUGCCACCAAGACGAUGCCUCGGUGAUUCCAGCCAGGAUCAUUCACAACUGGGACCUCACCAAGCGUCCGAUCUGCCGGCAGGCCCUGAAGUUCCUGACGCAGAUCCGGGUCCAGCCCCUCAUCAAUCUGCAGCUGGUGAACGCCUCGCUGUACGAGCACGUGGAGCAGAUGCACGUUAUCCGGAGGCUCCGGGAGCAGCUGAAGCUUCUGGGCGAUUACCUGGGCCUGUGCCGAAGUGGGGCCCUGAAGGAGCUGAGCAAGAGGCUCAACCACAGGAAUUACCUCUUGGAGUCCCCGCACAAGUACAGCGUUGCCGACCUCCAGCAGAUCGCAGACGGGAUGUACGCGGGGUUCCUCAGUGCCCUCAUCGGAUUUGCCUCCCAGCAUGUCUACCACUGCGACCUGUGCACCCAGCGCGGCUUCAUCUGCCAGAUCUGCCACCACCACGACAUCAUCUUCCCCUUCGAGUUCGACACCACGGUCAGGUGUGGCGAGUGCAAGACCGUCUUCCACCAGAGCUGCCAGGCCAUGGUGAAGAAGGGCUGCCCUCGCUGUGCCCGCCGGCGCAAGUACCAAGAACAGAGCACGCUCACCUAAGCCAGGGUGCUGUCCCCACCCAAGACUACGGGGCGGGGACACCCUGCUCAGCUCGGCCAUCCCAGCGGGGUCUGGCAUCAGCCUGGAUCCUCUCAAGGUGUCACAGCUGUCUCCCCUGUCAGGAGGACGAGGAUGUGACCAGAGCACGAGCCUACCAGAUGAGGCCCUCGAUGAUGUCCCCCAGUCCCUCUCCCACCCGUCUGCUCCAAGAGGUGGGGACACCAUCAGAUGUCCCCUUGUCCCAGGGGAAGCGAGGAGGGGAGCUUCGCACUAAUCAGGCCCCCGCUCGCCUCACAGACGCGGCGCCUCCAUCAGGGGUGUUCAAACACUGUGGACACAAGACUUGGGCAUGUUCUCAACUCCACAUUCCUGAUUAAAAGGUCUAGUUUUUUAAGGCAGGUUUUUUUUCCCUUCAUAUGUCAACAGAAAAUAUUUUUUUAUUCUUGAUCCUAUACAAGUCACCCAAGAAAUCCAGGCAUUCUCACGCUGAGCAAAUGUGUGGGGACAUGUGGCCCACAGGCAGGCGGGUGGCGGGCCGGGCAGGCCACCACUGGGCCAGAGCCCGACAGCUGACCGGGGGCCUUCCCCUCCCCGCACUGGGCACUCGCUGCCCGCAGCUCAAGUGCGACGUGCCAAAGUGCCGGGGGGCUGGUGGGAUGGGUCCUGAUGACCGCCCUCUUCCUCUCCCUCUCCCUCUCCUUCUCCUCUCUCUGCCCUGCCCUCCUCACCUUUCUCUGGCUCAAGCCCCCUGGCUCCCCUAGCGUGGGACCCCGGUCCCCGCGGGAGAAGGGAGUACUUGGAACCAGCACUGUUAGCACUUUGCACCCUCCGUGGUCCAGGCCAGGGUUGUCCUCUUCCUGCCCCUCAGCCCCUUGCCCUCCUCGCCUACCGCAGACACGCAGCCAUAUGGGCUGGGGGCUGCUGGAGACACGCUCUCAGGAGGACACCCCCCCCCACACCACCGCCUGACUGACCCCCGCGGGGACAGAUGUACGUUGGACCCCCAGAGAGGGCAGUGAGCCCAGGCCAGGGGCCAGCCAUGCCCCGCACUGUGGAGUGGUGACCGCCGUCCUUCCAUGAAGAGAGCCAGCCCUGCUGCAGAGAUGUACGGGGAUACGCGGGAGGAGCCACCUCAUGGAAGGAUGCUUAGCCUCAGUUUACAAAGCCAUGAAUUCCCAAAGCUUUGCUGGACUGGCCCGAAGGGGCACUGCCAGAGACGGGAAAACAUCCCUGCAGCGUGAUUGCCUUUGCAGGAGGUCUUGGGGUAGAGUGGGAGCCUGGAGUUGUUUUGAAAGUGACAUUUAGACCCUGUGGUUCGGGGGUGAUUUCUCUGAUGCCUUCUCGCAUCUCUCCCGGACCCACAGACCCCCAGCCCAUGCCCUGGGUCCUCUGGCCAUCCGGUCUGCUCUCCGCUUGGAUUGGGGGCCCCAGGUGGAGACUGCCCGUUACUGUCAAGAGAUGAAUCUACUCCCACCUCUCCCUUGGGGUGAUUUGGCUGCUGAGUCACCUGCCCAGCCCUGUGGAGCUGGAUGAAUUGUGCAAUAGAACAGAGGAGGUGGUGGGCAGGGGGGAGGGGAGGGCUGCCACGCAGCUUCUCUGUCCCUGUCAUGGAAGAUGGUGUGCUCCUAUGCCCAGCAUCCCAAAGCCUCCUAAAUGGGAAAGUGGAUCCUUGGCCCCGUCCCACACCCCCACUGCCAGCAUUAAUGCUCCCCCAGACCCAGCCGGAGCAGCGCCGCAGAUGCCCCGUUCCUCAAGUGGCCAGGGGCUGGCCUGGGAUGGGCAGUGCUGCCCGGGGCCGGCCCUGGAGGGCUCACUUAGGUCAGGUGGAGCCCCCGCGGCCGCCGCGGCCCAGGGACUAGUAGCAUUAGCACCAACCGUCUGCCCGGUACCAGAAAGCUGCUAAUCCUCCAGACGAGUUGAUUGACCCUCUCACCUUCAGUGGAAAGCUGACAUGAACCUCAAAGGUGCCCACACUAUUUUUAAAAUGCCAUUUUAUGCAAUAAACUGUUUCUAGUGGGGGCGCUGGCCCUGAGCAGUGCUUUGCGAUGUGUGGAAGGUACUGCUGCAGUGUGAUUUUCGAAUGAUUUUGCAGUAAAGACCUGAUUUUUCUCAC